AUGCCUGCCGAUAUUCGUAACUUUUUCGGAAACAAGACUUCCACUCCCAUUCGAGAGAAGGAAGUCAAAAAGGAGGAAGAUCCAAAGAAAAAGCGGGCCAAAAGUCGAAAGAUUAUCGACGACAGCGACGAGGAAGAGCCAGUUCCUAAGAAAGCAACCCCCAAGAAAGCACCUCCUAAGAAACCUACCAAAAAGGAGGAACCAAAAGCAGAAGAAACUACUACCGAAGAUUACUUCGCAUCUACCUCCAAGUCGAAGCCAAAGUCCACCAAAUCCACCCCACGCAAACCAAAUCCACCACCCAAUACCGAAACCAGCAGUAGAUCUUCUACACGAAAGGCAAAGGCUGUAGUUUACAACAAUAACCUAGCCGAUGAAGAACUUGCUUUUCUAGAUGAUGAUGAGGAUGCCGGAGAUGACAUUUUCGCGGCGGGCGUUAAGAAAGCUGGGAAAGAGAAGGAUGCUUACGUUGAAAGUGAGAGCGACGACGAACCGGUUGUGGCAAAACAAAAUAAGCCUUCCGCGAACCGUAAAGCGUCAAGAACUGACGGUGAUGUAUCUGGGAAGACUGCGACAGCUGAGCGUCAUGCAAGUCCUGAUGUGAUCAUGAUUGACCAACCCACUGGGUCCGUUACAAGCAGGAAACGAAAAUCGGUAGAAUUGGACUCAGAGGAAGAUGAGGAGGAAAUCAAGCCAAAAAUCAAGUCUGUGAAAAGCCAAUCAACCAAGCCACCACCAGCAAAGAAAGCUCGUGCGCCAGCGAAGAAACCUUUGGAAACCGAAAAAUCAGCUGUUCAAGCUAUACUGGAUAAUAUUCCGACUGUGCGGGCACCGACGCCCCCAGCUAAGGAUCCUAAUCACAAAUACGACUGGAAGAAAGGCGGACAAGGUGGCGGCGGCGGAAAUGCAGGACCACCUCCUGCGGCUGGCUCAAAGGAAAUGCCCGUUGGAGCAGAGAAUUGUCUAGCAGGAAUGAGUUUUGUGUUUACAGGUCUGCUCGAGACGCUUUCGCGGGAUGAUGGGCAAGCACUUGUUAAGCGAUAUGGUGGUAAAGUCACAACGGCCCCUAGCGGAAAGACAUCUUUUGUCGUUCUUGGAUCCGACGCGGGUCCUUCCAAAUUACGAAAGAUUCAUGAACUUAAGAUUAAAACAAUCGACGAGGAUGGGCUGUUUUCUAUUAUCCGCGAACUGCCCGCGAACGGAGGAGAUGGCCAAGCAGCUGAGAAACACAUGGAGAAGAAGACAGCAGAGAUGGAGAAAAUCAAAAGAGAAGCUGAAGAGAUGGAAAAGGAGGAGCGAAAAAAGGCCCUAGAAGCCGAGAAAGACAGGAAAACCGCUGAGAAACUUGCCGCUGCUACGGGUUCUAGAGCCCCUCCUCCAAGGGCACCGCCGCCAAGCUCUCUCUUGUGGACCAGCAAAUAUGCCCCUACAGCAAUUAAUCAGAUCUGUGGAAAUAAAGGCCAAGUCGAGAAAAUCCAAAAAUGGCUGAAAGGCUGGGCACAAGCUCAUAAGUACGAGUUUUCUAAAAAGGGUCCAGAUGGUCUCGGGGGAUACCGAGCAAUCAUGAUCCAUGGGCCGCCCGGCAUUGGUAAAACAACAGCCGCACACCUAGCUGCGAAGCUUGCUGGUUACGAUGUAUUGGAGAACAAUGCAAGUGAUACGCGAAGCAAGAAAAUGGUCGAGACUGGCCUGAACGAAGUGUUGUCUAAUAACUCCCUGCGAGGGUAUUAUGCUGGAGACGGGAAACCAGUCGAUGCCACCAAAAAGAAUAUCGUCCUCAUCAUGGAUGAGGUGGAUGGCAUGUCAGCUGGAGAUCGUGGUGGUGUUGGAGCAAUGGCUAAAAUCUGCAAGAAAACGGAUAUUCCAAUGAUCUUGAUAUGCAAUGAGUUCAAUCAGCAGAAGAUGAAGCCUUUCGAGCAUGUCACCUUUCCGAUUCCCUUCAAGCGACCCACUGUCGACAUGGUGCGUUCUCGCAUAGCAACUAUCUGCCAUCGAGAAGGCAUGAAGCUUCCCAUGAACGUUAUCGAUGCUCUUAUAGAAGGCAGUAACAAAGAUAUUCGACAGAUCAUCAACAUGAUAUCCACAGCCAAACUCGACGAAAGCUCUAUGGAUUUCGAUGACACCAAGGCUAUGACAAAGGCAUGGGAGAAAUCUGUCGUCCUGAAACCUUGGGAUAUCUGUCAUAAGAUUCUUGGCGGGGGUAUGUUUGCUCCCUCAAGUAAAGCUACACUAAACGACAAGCUUGAACUUUAUUUCAAUGAUCACGAAAAGUCAUUUUUGAUGGUCCAAGAGAACUAUUUGAAUCAGAAACCGAUGCUGGCUAGUAGUUAUCAAGGGCGACAACAGCACUUGAAGACUCUACAGCUCAUGGACCAGGCUGCAGAAAGCAUCAGUGAUGGCGAUCUGGUUGAUCGUAUGAUACAUGGCUCUCAACAACAGUGGAGUUUAAUGCCAACUCAUGGUAUCUUCAGUAUGGUCAGGCCAGCCAGUUUCAUAUCUGGCGCUGGGUCUGGAACCAAGUUUACUACCUGGCUUGGUAACAAUAGCAAGCAGGGAAAGCUUACUCGAUAUGUAAAGGAAAUCCAAUCUCAUAUGCGAUUGCGAACAUCUGGAGAUCGCCAUGAAAUCCGGCAGCAAUACUUACCGGUUCUGUGGACUCGACUUAUUGAUCGUCUUCAGAGGGAGGGAAAGUCUGCUGCAGAGGAGGUGAUUGAGUUAAUGGACAGCUACUUCUUGACGAGAGAGGACUUUGACUUUAUCAUGGAGCUUGGACUUGGUCCACAAGACGAAUCAAGAGUGAAGAUCGAUUCACAAGCGAAAGCUACCUUUACCCGACUGUACAACCAGAAAUCUCACCCAAUGCCGUUCAUGAAAGCAAGCAAUGUUAUGGCGCCGGCAGCCAAGAGUAAGGCAGACAAGCCAGAUCUAGAAGAAGCUUUAGAAGAAGAUGAUGAGCCUGAGGCGGCCGAGCCUGAAGUCAAGGCAGAGGACGAAAUUUUAGAAGAAGAAUUGAAGAAGGACAAGUUCAUCAAACAGCCAAAAUCUAAGAAGCCUGCUGCCAAGAAACCCGCUAAGAAGAAAGCAUCAAAAGCAGAGGAGGACGAUGAAGAAGAUUCGGAAGAAGAAGUUAAGCCAAAGCCCAAAGCGAAGGCGAAGGCUACCAGCAAAGGCAAGAGCAAAAAGUAA